AUGAUGGUUCCAGAUGAGAAUGUAGAACAAUAUGAAAAUGACUCGAGUUUGUUUCCAUGUGAUUUUAAUUGUCAAAUUCUAUUUUCAGAUGAGCAUAUUAAUUCUAGCAACAACGAAUCUGGUUCCGCUACGGCAAUUGAUGCACAUCUUAGCACCUAUGAAAAGAAUACGAUCAUAGUAAAGGUUCUUAAUCCGGAAAAGGUUGGGGAAGGCAUGUCGUCUUAUGUUGUUUAUACCAUCAGAACCACGACAAACAUGAAAAGCUUUAAGAAACCCAACAUGUGCGUGCAAAGGCGUUUCUCAGAUUUUCUUGGGCUUUAUGAAAAACUUAAAGAGAAAUAUCUCCAUCUCGGUGUGGUAAUUCCUUGUCCUCCCGAGAAAAAUGUGUUUGGAACUACCAAAAUACGCCUUUCAAAGAGUACUUCCGCUGAUUCUGACUUUAUCGAAAAGCGUAGAGUUUCGCUUGAAUGCUUUUUGCACCGAAUUAUUAAUCAUCCGGCUCUUGUCAAGGAUACAGAUGUUCAUGAAUUUUUGGAACUUGAAGGUGAACUUCCUCGCGGUAUUAGCGGACAAGGCAUCUCUGGUGCUUCUGCUAUGAAACUUCUGAAGAAUGUUGGAGAAGCUGUGGGAAAAUUAACAUUUAGAAUGGAUGAAUCUGAUGAGUAUUUCGACAUGAAGGAUGAAGAGCUUGCGAUUUGGGAGGUCCAGGGUAGUAGACUCUAUGCCGCACUUUCAAACUUGGUGCUAGAUCAAACUGAUUUGGCCGCUUCAACACUAGCAUCUUCAAAAGCGCUAUCAGUUUUUGCCAAUGUUGAGGAGCACACAGGUUUGGCCAGAGCUUUGGGACAACUGGCUGAUACAGAAGAACAGAUUGCUCACUUCCUCUCAGUUGAAGCUGAAGUACAAUCAACUUUCCUUGUUGAAUAUGCCAAAGGUGUUCUCUCGAUGAUUCAGGCUUGUAGGGACACACUUGGAGAGCGUGUUCGCUUAUUUAAGACUCAUCGGGAUUGUGAAUCUUCCCUACGAAGCAAACGCGAACAGAAAGUUCGCAUCGAGAUGUCUCCCAAAGCCGAUCGUGCCAGAAUCCCUAUUCUUGAGCGUGAAAUCGAUGAAUUGCAACACAAAGUGGAUGAGAGCGAAGAGGACUUUGAGAAGAUUUCAGCGACUAUCAAGAAGGAGUUUGAGCACGUUGAUGAGGCCCGAUUCGAGGAAUUUAAGGCUGCUACUCUCUCAUAUCUCACUAUGAUUCUUCAAAUGCAAGAAAAGGUUGGUUCAUUUUUUGGGCUAAUUUGUUCUAUUAUUUAUGCGAUGACUGAUGAUAGACCCAUUGGCGGAGGAGGUGGAUAUAAAAUAAAUUGGGAUGAAAUAGACGAAAAUACAAAUCCAUUCGGCGUCGGAAAUGCCUUUGGAGGCAAUAAGUUGGCUUCAAGUCCAUCAGCUGGUAGAGCCCCUCCUGUUCAACCCGACUCGCCUCCUGUAUCUGACCUUCCAGUUCUUUCAGAAGAUCCUCCUUUGAACCCAUCAGGAAAGGAAAUAGUGAAUGAAGUCCGUCAUGUGCUGGAUCCAUCAGUUACUGAAUUUGGCGAUGCUAAAAGUGUACCCAAAGAAUUAAAAUCACAUAAUAAGGGACCUCGUCCUGCUCCACCAAAACGAACUGUUUCCAAAGGCAACUCACAGGAAGCUGAAGAUAGGAAUGAAAUAGCUUUAGAUAAUGCUAAGUUUGGAAAUCAAAUUCCUAAUAUCGUAGAUAUUCCACCUCCUGAAGAAUUUGUGCCAGAGGAGCUAUUCACUAUCCAAAUUGUGUGUAGCUUAACAGCUUUCUCCUUAGUUACUGUUAUUGCUGUCAGUAAUAUGACCUCCUUUUCUACUAAGCCUCAGGUUGGGAAUCCACUGGUACGUGGGCAUUCGCGUAGGGCCAGCAACAGCUCUUCGGCAACGUUUGAUCUUGUCUCAGGAAAUCAAUCCCCCUUACCAGAACCUGAACCCGAUCAUCAUUCUCUCUCUGCAGACGAGGAAUUGUUGAGUCUUCGGGCCGAUAAGCAGCAUUUGACCACAGUGGUGGCUGAUAUGCAACGAUGCAUAGCCGAAUACGAACGAAGUCUUCGUCAGCUUGCAGAGGAGAAGGCUCGUGCUGAAGAGUCGGCAAAAGAGUCCGUCAUUGACAUCAUUGCAGAACGAGAUCAGGCUAUUGAGGAAAUCUCCACAAUCGAAAAGGCAUUCGGUGACCUUCAUCGAAGAUUUGAGAAGUCCAAGCAGAUUAUCGAGGGCUUUAAAACGAACGAGGAGGCACUAAAGAAAACCGCUCAAGAAUAUCAGGAUCAGUUGAAACGUCAAGAACAGAAAUAUCAGUCGCUCAAAGUCCACGCGGAGCAACAACUGACCAAAGUUGCAGAAGAGACCGAGAGGGCUAAAAGAGCUAACGAAGAUGAAGUCACUCGAUUGCGAGCGGCCAUCAAGCGCUCGGAAUUGAGGAUUCAUAGUCUUGAAUCCCAGCUACAACAGAAGGCACGAUCUGACAAUUUAAUUUAA